UUAUAGUAAACCAAUUAAAUUUAUUUUAAAACAAAAAAAAGAAUGUCUGUUGAAUUGAGCUGCUUGCGGAAUUCGUUCGAAAAACACGAAGAAAAAACAGCAAAUGAUCGAAUCGUUAUCAACGUUGGGGGAAUGAGACAUGAAUGUUAUAUUAGUACUAUUUUAAACAUACACGACUCUCGUCUAAAAUGGAUUGCAGAAACUGCUUUGCGUACUUCAGACUUUAAUCCAGAUGUUCAUGAGUUUUUUUUUGACCGACAUCCGGGUUGCUUUACUCAUAUCUUAAACUACUGUCGAACUGGACAGCUUCAUUUUCCAAACGAUGUAUGUGGACCAUUGUUUGAACAAGAGCUGACGUUCUGGGGGAUUGAUGAAAAUUUAAUAGAGCCAUGUUGCUAUAGCAAUUACAUUCAAUACAGAGAAGCAAAAGACUACAUUUCUAUGUUUGACGCACUUGACAAUGUUGAGGAAUUUCCUAAUGAAAAGCUAAUUAACAAAAUUAAUCAAUAUAAAUCUUCAUGGAUAUAUUGUCUUUUAAAAGCAAAAAUAAAUCUAUGGUGUCUGGUGGAAAACUCGUUCGACUCUCUUUAUUCACAAAUAGUUGCUGUGAUAUCAGUUUCAGUUGUUAUGAUUUCCAUAUUAACAUUUUGUUUAAGUACAAUGUCUUAUUUUAACGAUCAAAAAAAGAUUUUUUCAAUUCUUGAUUAUAUAUACUGCUGUUACUUUACAAUAGAGUUGUUAGUUCGACUGACGUGCUGUCCUUCUUAUAUAAAAAUCUUCAAGAGCGUACAAACAUAUAUUGAUAUUGUAACAACACUGCAGUUUUAUAUUGAGUUUAUAUUCAAUAGCUCUUCUGUCGGGUUUUUACAAGCAUUUAAACUGCUUCGAAUGCUUCGUUUAUAUCGGUUUGUUAAAAAUAUAAAUGGGAUGAGAAUUAUAACACAGACUUUAAAAGCAAGUGUCAAGGAACUAAUGUUACUUCUCGCAAUUUUUUUAUUACCAAUGAUUAUUUUCUCAACUUUACUUUAUUAUUCUGAAAAGGCUUUUGCAGAUGAAAAAGAUUGUAGAAGUAUUCCUGAAAACUUCUGGUGGGCAAUUGUUACUAUGACAACACUUGGUUAUGGAGAUAUAGUUCCGCAAUCUGGUCUUGGAAAAUUGGUUGGAGCAAUCUGUGCCCUUAGUGGUAUACUCAUUUUAGCAUUACCUGUGUCCGUAGUUGGAAGAAAUUUUACAAUAUUUUACGCUUAUGCACAAGCGCGACUUCGAUUACCUCAAACCAAAAAAGCUGCUUUAUCAAAUGUUGAUAGAAAACUAUUAAACCAGCAGACAAAUAAUGCUUCAUGCCGCGAUAAUAGCCUUUCGACAAAAGAUAUUUCAAAUGGAUCGUCUCCAAUAAUUCGUUGGGUUUCGCCUCAACAAAAUUACGGACGUCGACCUGCAAUAAAUACUAAUAUGAGUUUUGAAAUAAAUAAACAAAAGAGCUCAUUAAAUUUAAGAACGUCAAUCAUUUAAAAGUUGUUUAGAUAUUAAAUAUCUGCUGGCUCAUUAGCUUUUAAACGCACAUAUUUACAUCAUUGAUACGUUUAAAUACUUCGCAUUACAUCACUGAUACGUUAAAUUACUAACAUAAUUACGUUUACAUAAUUAGUAACAUAAUAAAAUCACAGGUACGUUUAAAUACUGCGCAUUAACGUUAUGCGUUUAAACACUUAUUACUACAAAUUACAUGGUGGCUCAUAUAGAAGGAAAAUAUUUUUGAGUAAGAAAAAUUUAAACGGUUCAUACAUAUUGGAACGGUACAUAUAUAUUUGAAAUGUUCGUAUAUAUUUGAACGGUUCAUAUAUAUUAAAAUGUUGGUGUAUGAAUCUUAACGUUUCAUAUAAAAAAUAUAAAUAAAUUCUACUUAAAGCCAAUUUUAUAAAAAUAAAAAAGUAGGGUCAAAACCAGAAAAACUUCAAAACACUGUUUCCUGAUCAUCUUUAUUUUUAACUUCAUAAUUAUGAUUAUAGCUUUGCUUAUGUUAUUAUCAUUCAAAUUUGUUUUCGUUAUAUCAUUAACAGCACCAAAAGUACGGUACAUUAACAGCACCAAAAGUACCAACAGUACCAAAUAUUUCAACAAUCUAAAAAGAUACACAAUAUUCUAAAAAACUUACAAAACUAUAUUAUUAUUA